AUGAGCGGGAUACGGUCGAGAGAGAGACACAUGGGAACAAAGAUAGUAGUAGCCAGUGGCAAAGGUGUCGCGAACAUGAACUGGGGAUCGAGCGCCAGCAUUUGA